AUGAAGUACUCUGCUGCUACCGUCUUCGCCAUCAUGGCCCUUGCCAAGGCCCAGUCCGUCUCUGUCCCUGGCGAGGAUCAGGUUUCUUCCAUCGUCGGUGAGGUCAGCAGCCGUGUUGAGAGCAUCCGCUCUGAGGUCGAGAGCCGAGCUGCUGAUGCUUCCGCCGGUGCCUCCUCCAUUGCUGAAGAGAUCUCGUCCCGCGUUGCCAGCCUCAGCAGCGCCGCCAGCGCCAGCGGUGCCUCCGAGACUGUCACCGAGACCGGCACCGUGACCGCUACCGGCACCGCUACUGACGAGACCGAGACUGGCACCGCCACCGAUGAGACCGAGAGCGGUACCGAGACUGGUACUGAGACUGGCACCGAGACCAAGAAGUCUGUCGACACGGCUGCUAUUGCCAGCAAGACCAGCGAGAUCGGCGACCGCAUCGCCAGCCUGAGCUCGAAGGUGGCCGACGCUACUGGCGAGGCGGCCGCCUCGAUCAGCUCUGAGAUUGCCGCUGCCACCUCUGAGAUCGGUGCCCUCGCCAGCAGUGCCACCGAGGGCAACUCGGGUGCCAUGCACACCGCUGCCAUCGCCAUGGGUGCUCUCUUUGGUGGUGCCGCCGUCAUUGUCAACAUGUAA